AUGUCAUCCACCGCCGGCCCGCUUCUUGGAUCGCCUCCGUAUGCCACCACUUUAGGCGCAGUCGCAUUGGGCGGGAUUGUCGGCAUGAUGUUAUACGGAGUAACUGUACACCAGACAUACAGGUACUACAGGCUCUACCCUAAUGAUCGGACACUUCUUAAAUUUUUCGUUUUCCUGAUUUUCGUCCUGGAAGCUUUCCAUAGCCUUUUGUGGAUCAUCGCUGGGUCAGAGUACCACUAUCUCAUCGCCGAACCGUUUAAUUCUGGAAGUCUAGCAAAAGGUCACUGGUCCGUGAGGCUUGCCGUCAUCGGCACUGCGUUUACCGUUUGCACAACCCAAUGUUUCUACGCUUCCCGCAUUUACUUCAUUGGCCCUAAGUACAAGCGGCUUGUAAUACCCGCGCUUGUUCUUCUCGUUGUCAGCAAAGGAUUUGCCAUUGCGGCCGGUGUGUCUGCUUUCAGGUUUACGCCUAGUAUCGCAGACUUCCAGAGCAUCAGCUGGCUGGUGUCCGUGUCGUACGGCCUCGCCGGGGUCACCGAUGUGACUCUGGCCAGCACGCUCGUGGCCGUUUUCCGUCGCUCACGUACUGGGUCGAAGAGAACGGAUUCCGUUCUCGAUACACUAAUUAUAUACAGCAUUAACACUGGCGUCCUGACGAGCGUUUUCAGCAUACUGGCUUUCAUCUUCGCAUUGAUCCUGCCCGGUAAUUUGAUCUAUGCUGGGCUGAGCAUCGUCGGGACGAAGCUGUACGCGAACUCUGUACUCGCAGUACUCAACUCGCGGCGCGAAAUCAACAACCGCCUCAUGGACGACUUCACAUCCUUCGACCUUCCCGAAAUCUCCUCAGUCCAAGACGGUGCGCGGCGCCCCGAAGGAAUCGUCUCCUCGCUCGUCUGGAACGCGCCUCAGCGCUCCACCUCGCUCGCAGACUACGACAGUAUCUAUCGAUUCGAAGGGAUGACCUUCGCUGCCGGCAGGGGCAGGUCUUGCGAUGAGCCGGCGCAGGGCCCCAAAGAGCUGGAGGCAGGCCUGGGGGAGUGA